UUCACCUAUAUAUACACCCCCUCCAACAUCACAAGUCUCUCACAGAACAAAGCUACCCCUGCAAGUGUUUUGUCUUUGAUAUCCUCAAAACACAACGUUUCAAUUUAGAAAUCUCAAAGCAAAACACAUUAAUUCCAACCAUGGCAGCUUUCAUGUCAAAAUUGUCUUUGGCUCUGUUCCUCUCUUCUCUCUUCCUGCAUGCAGCGUUAGCUGAGCUUAUAUGCGAGGAUCUGCCAAAGAGUGUUUGCGCGUUUUCGGUAGCGUCUUCGGGGAAAAGGUGUUUGUUGGAGACGUCGGUGGCCGGCGAUGGAAGCGUGUCGUACCAGUGCAGGUCAUCGGAGGUGUUGGUUCAGAGGAUUUCUGAGUACAUUGAGACCGACCAAUGCGUUCAAGCUUGUGGAGUUGACCGGAACAUGAUUGGUAUUUCAUCUGAUGCCCUUCUUGAGCCACAAUUCACGGCCAAGCUUUGCUCCCCGGCUUGCUACCAUGAGUGCCCCAACAUUGUUGACCUUUACUUCAACUUGGCUGCCGGUGAAGGAGUAUUUUUGCCAAAUCUCUGUGAGAGUCAGCGCAGCAACCCUCAUCGUGCCAUGAGCGAGCUUUUGAGCUCUGGUGUUGCCAAUGGCCCCAUUCCUGCUGCCUAUCCACCAGCAACUGCGGCCUCCGCCCCAUCUGCGUAAAAUCGUGGCGUGAUUUCUUCAAGACCAAGUUUCUCUGAAAUUUGUGUAUCUGGAAUGUGGGGAAUAUUGGCAAAGUAGGGAGACAGAAGAGUGAUUGCGGGUUCACUUUUCUAGUGAAGAUCGUCUGUUGAGAAUUAUAUGCUAUUUGAUUGAAAAAGUAUCAUGUAGGACUAUUACUCAAUUUCGUAAAGAGAGAUUAUUAUUAAUGAUUACCAUAUAAAUAUUUCUCUCCAA